CUGUGAAUAUCGGUGACGGACGUUGAAGCUGUCUUCUUAGAUUUACAUUCAUUAACAAUUCCUUGCCUAUUUUAUAGUGUUGUUUCGAAAAUUGAAUGUGGAGAAAUCUUGUGCUGCGUGGUGAAUUCUGAAAAUAGGUGCAUAUGUAGAUGUUGGUGCCUCACCAGGUGUAUGCCGGCAUUGUGCUGCAGAAUACUGUGCUAGGGUGUGAACAAGACGUGUCCGGAAAAGUACGUGUAAACCAUGACACAGUCACAGUGGCCAAGGGACCUCCCAGACUCCCUCCAGGACAUUUGUCUGGAUUACUGUGUGACAAAUGUCAGUGUGUUAGCCGAGCCAGCCUCAGGCUCGGGGAAUCUCCGUCUUAAGCCAGGAAUUAGUCUCCCUCGUGUUUUAUGUGAAGGCCUUUUAAGGGCGUAUGUCCGAUGUGGACACAUCAUUGAUGACAGCUUUUUGCAUCUCUUUGAAGACUGUUCCAGAACACAGCUGAGGUAUAUUAAUUUAUCGGAGGCAACCAUCACUGAUGCAGGUAUACAGAUAUUAUGUCGACAUCCCAUUGUAGAGCUUGACCUUUCACAUGGAAUUCGCCUCACAGAAGCAAGUAUUAAGAUGUUGAAUAACCUGAGGAGAACUUUAUGUGUACUGAAACUGGGGGGAAUUUUCAGUGAAGCAAUGUUAGAUGCCAUAGAGCUGGUGGAAAGCCGAGACUUAUGUGUCAGCCCCGGACAACAGGAGUUUGUUAGUAAGGACACAGCUCAGGAAGUACCUUGCCUCAUGGAAAAUGUUCCAAAUCAUGGUCAGGGGGACAUUUGUGUUGAAAAAUGUCACCUGGAAACUAUGCGGAUUUAUGGACGCGACUACAUUUUUGACUGCCCAAACCUGAGGGUAUUCUCCCUACGAGAUUGUCAUUUCUCUGAUAGUGGUCAUGAUCUGCUGGCAACGAUUCUCAGCCCAUGUGAGAGGCUUACCCACCUUGAUCUGACCAAGUGCCAAAACAUUCAUUUGGAGUAUAUGGACUGCCUGGAAAACUGUCCUCAUUUACUUGCUCUUUCAUUAGCGGACAUUGAAAUUGCAGAACUUGACUUUGUGAUAAAAAAUAUUGGGGAAAUCAAAAGUUUAAGACACCUGGAUUUGUCGCAAAGCUUUGAAGUGCCAACUAUCUACAUGAAUCAGGACUGUGAGGGGAGUUUAAAAUACCUGGCCACUCACCUGCCAAAUCUGGUGUCAUUAGACAUCGCCGGGACAAAUUUGGCUGGCUUCGAGACAGCAGCUGAGGUGGAACAUCGCCCUCUCUCCAAGGCUGAGGAGAGAACUGCUGCGGACAGGACACCUAAGUGCAGUAUUCCUGGGCUGGAAAACAAACAACUGGAGUUCCUGGGUCUUCUAGGAUGUCCUGAUAAUGCAUGUCGUAGACAGAAUAUUCCUGCUCGUAGGGUGACUGGCGAUGAAUCCGAAGAUCAAGUACUGUUGUCGUUGGAGGUUUACAAGGACAGAACAGAACUCUUAACAAAGGCCUUUAACAACCUGUACCACUUGUUUCGGGUCAGUGUGGUACGGCAGCAGUACAGAGCUGUAGAGGCUAUUCUGGCUGGAAUGAAGACCCACAAGACCGACAAACAUGUUCAGAUAUCAGGGAGCGCUUCUCUAUUCUACAUUGUAAAAGGAGAAGAGAAGGAAAACAUAAGCUGUAAGCUUAAACGACGAAUCAUUGAGGCUUUGUUAGAAGGGAUGAACAGGCAUGUCUUUGAACAAACAAUGAUGAGGAAUGGGUGCCUGACUCUGUGCCAUUUUAACAUACCUCAAGAUGUGCUCUUUUGCUAUGACCGUCUGGUGAUGGUUCUGCUAAAGAUGCUGAAGCAGGAUCUGGAGGAACAGGAUCAGUUUGGGAUGAGGAUUGGGAUCUACCUGCUCAACUGCUUGGCUUGUCAGGUGGAUGGCAAGGAGAAGCAGCUGGUGGGCGAUCUUGGAGCCAUUGCAACAAUGCUGGCAAUCAUCAGGAAGAAGCUGCACCUUGGCCAGUGUGAUGAAAUUAUGGAGGUGGCCUGGAGCACCAUGUGGAAUGUCACAGACGAGACUGCCAUGAACUGCCAAAGGUUUAUGGAUGAUGACGGCAUGAAUCUCUUCCUCCAAUGUUUGCGGAUAUUUCCUAACAAGGCCGAGCUGCUGAGAAAUAUGAUGGGACUUAUGGGCAAUGUUGCAGAAGUGCGGUAUCUGAGACCUCGCCUAAUGGUGGCUGAUUAUAUCAAUGUGUUCAGUGAUUUAUUGGAUUCUGAGAGUGAUGGUAUAGAAGUGAGCUACAAUGCAGCAGGGGUACUGGCUCACAUUGCCUCAGAUGGGGCCGAGGCUUGGAGGGAUGAGUUACCUCCACGUCCCCUCGUGUUGGCACGCCUCACCCAAGCUAUUGAGAGGUGGUGUCUUCACUCCAGCAGGAAUAUCAACUACAGAUCUUUCGAGCCUAUCCUGAGACUGGCCUGUUCUUUUGAGACCCCCGAGGCUCAGCACUGGGCAGUGUGGGCUUUGGCUAACCUUACCCAGGUCUACCCUGAGAAAUACUGCCAAUUGUUAGAGCAGGAAAACGGUCUGGUGAUCCUGAACAGAAUAAUACGACACAGAAACCCGUACAGAAGAAUCAAAGAACUGGCAAGAAUGGUGGUCGCAACUCAUCAAAGUACAACGAAAUCAAAGGGAGAUGACUGUGGGGAGGCAGCAACUAGCAGUGCUGCAUCGAACCAUCCCAGUGACAUGGAGGAAGAUGACAUAGGCACGAGUGAGGAGUCCCAAGAUCUGGAAGAACAUCUACAUCAGGAUGUCUGA